AAACGAGCCUCCAGUGCCACGGCUCGCUCGGCCGGGUCAGAAGGGGAGAAGGAGGAAAAGGGGAACGGGGCCCAGCUAGGCUCACCUGUGAUGUGACCUUUGAUAUCGCCUUCUCUGUUCAUAUCUCUGCUCAGUCCGGGUUACGGGGCUAGGAAUACUAUCCCUGAGAGCAUGUCCGACCGUAGAAGUAGUCGUUCUGUAUUCCGCCCCAUUCGGGACAGGUUUGUUAACGCAUGGCAUCACCAUGUUUCGAAAAAGUAUCCGCAGGAAGCUAGUAUUCGCAACCCAUACUCACGGACACAUGCCGACGUGUCUGUCAUCCCGCCGGCGGUGGAAAGCGAACUCAGACACAUGUUCCCGCUAACCACUGACAACAGUUGGGAGCCCCCGGUGUUUAACGAGAGCUUCCACCGCAGCGCCACUUACGAUGCCAGCUCGGCCAUGAUAUGCCCCUUUCCAUACCCGUACACGGGGCCUUACCCCUGUCAUAAUCCUAACCCGGACUUCAGGUUCACAACCUCGGACACCGUGUUUGACUCCGCCUACUUCUUGUCUAACGACAUCGAAACAAUAGCCACCAUCUUAGAACAAGUAUACGCCAACAACCUAAAAUUUCUAGUAGAUAAUCCUUAUUGGAACUACGGAAUCUGUCCUCCACUCAUGGAGAAUCUGGGAAUCGCAAAUAAAUACAUUGUAUCCCAGCUCAAAGGAGAGCCGCUUGUAACCCUAGACCUUCAUUUUCCUGAGUUCACAAACCUCCUUGCAAGCCUUCAAUAUGACAACAAAAUCCAGAGAGUCCUGUGCGAGCAGAAAAAAAAAGGAGAAAACAUGAGAUUCCUGCAGGCUUACAAAUUCGAUGACAAAAAGACGUUCAUCAAAAACGGACUUGUCCCUGUCGUCAUUGUCGGCAUCUUCUGUGCGGAAAUACCGGUUUCGGCAUCAUACGAAUAUGUACCCGUCGAUGCAAAUGCAAAACGAACAAUUAAGUUUGUCGAUAGAAACCAUAUAUUUCAUGAGUUCAACACAAACAUCACCCGCUUAGAGCAACAAAUAUCAUUCUCAAUGAAACAAUACCCUAUCUUCAAUGAGCUCACGCCCUACAAGGGACCACGGUUUUCCAUGAGGCCUAUAAUAUUUACAAACUUGAGUGAGUACGGCUGGCAACUUGUGCAGCUGACACAUAUUUUUCAAUUCCAGGACCCAAUUUUAAAGGCAUUGCCUAACUUGUUGAAACAAAUGUACAACUACUUGUCAAACCCAGUCAAACAAAAUGGGUCUCCACCACAUUCACCAGCACCAAAGAUUUUUGAGUCUCCAGAUCUAACACUGCUAAUGAGCGAGCUAACAGACCAUUACACAGUCCCCAAUAUGGAUUUGUAUUUGAAGCAAAAACCUUGGGGAAGACCUUCAUUGGUUAGUUUCAAUAUUAAUAGUGACACGCACAUUGAUGCCCAAUAUCUAACUCAGCUUAACCAGGGGGAUGAGUGUGCAAUCUGUUUGCUUGAAUACAAAGAAUGCGAAAUUUGUUUACACUUGAAUUGCGAACAUGUAUUCCACAAAAGUUGUAUUGAGCAAUGGAUCAAUAGCUCCAAUGAUAGCAGAUGCCCAUUGUGCCGUAGAAUAAAUAAAAGAUUUGGGUUGUAUUAAGACUAGCUAAAUAUUAUCGACAUUAAUCAUUAAGUUAUAUAAAGUUCUUUCGCUUAUA